CGCCCUUACGCCUUCAGUUGGCUUGAGCUACCAUAYCGACGUCAGUGACUGACUAUGCUACGGUGAAGAUGGCGGAGGCAGCGGCGGCACAACACCGCUUUUUCUGUCACUGCUGUAAAGGUGAAAUCGACCCUAAAUUCCCAGAAUUCACGUGCCCCAGGUGUGAGUCCGAKUUCAUUGAGGAGUUGACAGAAGACUCCAGUCUCUUGGAGAACAGCAGCACUGCAGAGGCCAAUGAUGAUGCAGGCACACUCUUUUCAGAGCUGUGGCAGCUGCUGUUUAUGGAACGCUCUGCCCUUCUCUCGGACCCCUCCGCCUAUGAGUCUGACCAGAGCCAACUACAGGCUGCCCCAGCCAGUGAUGCAGUGGAGGGCCCUUCUGUUGACCCUGUGGGAGGCACAGAGCCUUUGGAGCCUGAACUGGAACCCCCCUCUCGCCCGCCUAGCCAGGGGAGGCGACAGUCCCGCGYGCCAGCAGUGGAGGGUAUUGUGCAGCAGUUUUUGGCUGGUCUGUUUGCCAACAAUGGAAAUCCAGGCGUUGCACCAGCUGCACUGUCUGGCAUGUUCCAUUCAAAUCCUGGGGACUAUGCCUGGGGUCAGGGAGGUCUAGACGCAGUUAUCACAGAGUUGUUAGGUCAGUUUGAGAGCACAGGUCCACCUCCUGCAGAGAAGGAGAUGAUCUCAUCCCUCCCCACAGUCAACAUCUCUCAAGAACAGACAGACAGCAGACUGGAGUGUCCAGUAUGUAGGGAGGAGUACUCCGUGGGAGAGUCUGUCAAACAGCUGCCCUGCCUCCAUUAUUUCCACAGUGACUGCAUAGUGCCAUGGCUCAAACUGCACGAUACCUGUCCUGUGUGUCGUAAAAGUCUUGACGGCGUCGACCAGAGCAUCUAGCCCCCACCAGAGCCCCCCUCCAUCAGGACAGACCCUCAGGAGGAGAGACGGGCUAUUUGAGGUUUAGGUCUCCCUCUCUUUUACCUCUCUGGCAUCUCUUCUUCCCUUUUUUUCUCCUGAACGAGGCUCACCUCUCCUCAUGCCUCGUCAUCCAUCACUCCUUCUUUGACCACGCAUUUAUUGAAGAGACAGAUUUCAAUUCAACUGUGCCUCAUUGUCAAAAUUAUACUUGCUUCGAAAAAUCACCUCACUCACAAUGCUUUCACCCACAGAUCACUAUACAUUUCCUGGGGAACUUUGAUUGAGGUGAGAAAGAUCCAAUAUGCCUGCAAUAUAACCUCACCUGCAAAUGGUUCCAACUGUUUUCUGACAAAUUGUUAUGGAUUCAAUUUGUCCCUUCGUAGAGGCAUUUCACCUGUUCUGAUUGGCUUUCAUUUUUUAUUAAAAACAAAUGAACUGACAUCAUUGAGCCAUAGACGUGACAAAUGUGUUGAACUUAGGAGAGUUUGUGAAAAUCCUGAAAGGUGAGCUGAACUCACUCUCUUGCAUUGUUGAUCUGGGUAAGAGAAUUUCCCUACUGUUCUCUCUGACCUCUUUGGUUGCAUCGCAAUAAUCUCUGCUUUCUCCUGAAUGGUGCACUUGUUCACUUCAUGGAUUUGAAAGGAAAUUACUGGUAUAUGGAAACUCCUAGGCCAUGCCUAUACCAAUCCAAAGCUUUUAGAUUUGUGGAGAGUAGUGAACGAAUGCAAACUUCGGGAGGAAGGAGAGGUUAUUGGGAAUGUAACCACGGGGAGAAUCUCAAUUGCAUACUUGCGUCCUCUCUACUUCUCAAAAUCCAUUGGAGGAGAGGAUCAGAGGGGCGGGAUCUUUGGCUUUCUCUUACAAUGGGUUUUGAGGAGGAGGCGAGGAGUAUGCAAUUGAAACUCUCCCCCGUCUCCCACUUCCUCUUAUUCGUUAAUAAUGUCCACCUCUCUUUAUGUCCCCUAUUAAAGCCUAAUGCUGUGUUCUUCACACUAUCCACCUCCUUCCUGUUAUAACAUUAUGCACUUUCCUAAUGCAUUAGUCUUUUACCUAUUUCUAUCAUUUUAUUUUGAAUGAUAAGUACAAGUCACAGCAAAAAAAAACAUGUUUUUAAUAUUGAAUAUAUUAUGAUUUGCCUAUAUAUGUAUUGAUAUGUAUAGGUGUGUAUAUACAUGUAAAUGUUUGUUAACGAAUACAUCUGCUUGGCAAUGAGGUGAUCAGAUUGAAGAUAAUAAUAAAAAAUUGUCAAAUUCA